AUGGCAGCGAAGGGACCGCGCGGGCAGUACCACCAGAAAGUCGUGUCUCGCGCUGGCCGCGGCAUCUCGUCUCCUCGCACCACCACCCUCCGCCAAUCCACAGCCAUCGACAGGUCUCAGCCUCUGCCAAAGGCUGGCGCAAGCCUCUCCGAGCGCAUCGCCGCUCUCCAGCGCAAGACGUCCAACCCGGCCCGUUCCAACAACCUCUCACUACCUGCGUCCGCAUCAGCUACCACCUCCGGACGUCUAAGCCCAGGCGAAAGCCCUUCCCGAUCCCCUUCGGGCAGUGCUUCGGCCGCCAACGCGGUACGCGACCGCAUCGCAAAGUUCCAAUCCAGCGAUGAGAAGCCCGUCAUGCCCAGGAGCUCCUUCGGGUCGCCAGCACCGAAUCCAGAGAUCCGCAGUGCGCGGCGUCAGUUCCCAGGCUCCGUCGCCGGCAAGGGCACGGGCGCUUGGGGUGAGGGUGUGCUGCGGCCACAGAUGACAGGCGGUGUCUGGCUCGGUGCUGGCGCUGGUGGCGGAUGGGGCGACCCAGCCUCAGCCAGCCUGCGCCCGCAAAUGACUGGCGGUGCGUUUCUCGGCAGUGGUGCGCCGCGAUCAACCAGCUACGGCGCUGCGCGUCUCCAACGAGGCGUCUCCGACAACAUCGUCCACGGAACCGGCAGGGAUGCAUUCGCCGAACUCGAUGAUGACCUCGUCUUGACCGGCCGAAAUCGCCCCGAGGACAAAACAGCAUCACAAACACAUGAAGUUUUCGCAGGUGCCGUCGCCGCAUCCGAACAGUCCGACAACUUGCCAAAGCUCCCAGACACCCCAACUACCGAGAUCGACCUGCAAAAGAUCCACUCCGACCAGCGCCUUCCAGAGCAGCCGCCAGUGGCCGCGAUCCCAGAAUUCCCCGAGGCCCCUUCCGCGACACCCACACCUUCGACCAAGCUCAACGGCGCCUUGGAAGCCACAGAUGCCACUCCCGACACUUCGAUCGAGAUCGGCAUCCACGGACGUUCCGCCGACGAUGUCGAACGCAUCCGACAACGCGCGCACGACCUCGAACUCUCUGACAAGGCGCAAACCCCCGAUCAAGAUCCUUGGGUCGCUCCCGCCCCUUCCGACCUCGCUGGCCAGGUGCCCAAGCCCAUAGACACGAGCGAGAUCCUCGCUGCCCAAACCCAGCCGUCCAAGACCGAUAUACCGGAACCGUGGGUCCAGGGUCACGGCGUGCCCGACGUGGAUCGCGAUCUCGAAGCUGCCAGACUCACAUCAUCGAACGGGAGCAAGCUUCCCCCCGCGGACUACGCUGCUUCCGGAACGCUGCCCGAGCGUGCUCAAGUGGAAAGGACCGACUCGGGCCGCGUCGACCCGCUCGAUCCGGCAGCACAUCAAGUGCGAGGGCCAGGGCUUCUUGUCCCCCGCGAUGAGGUAGCGGAAGCCAAAGAUCUUGGGCCUGAGGCGGUCAAAGCACCCCUAGUUCACGAUGUACCUUCGUUCGAGGUGGGUGCAUUGCCGUCUCACUCUAGCUCCAGCACACCUGUGGAUUUCGCAAGAUCACCCUCCAACGGAACACUCACACCUUCAAGCUCCUCCAACACCGUCAGUGCGGUCGAGCGCGCUCGGCAGGCAGUCGCCAUGGGCCGCACCAAGAGCCAGUCGCAGCGUCUGCGCCGUCCGCCCCCAGGCACAGUGCUCUCCGCUGCCGAUUUAGACGCCAGCGAUGACGAAUACGAGCCUGGAUGGGCAAGCGUCACCAGCGUCAUGUCAUCCUCACGCUCCUAG